CCAUCUUUGAAAUCACUUCACUCCACUCAGUCACCGUUUAGCAACCCACUUAGUCUCCAGUCCAAGACCAUCUUUCAUCAUGGUUCUCAACGCCAAGCUCAUUGCUCUCUUGCCGCUCCUGGCUACGGCACUUGCUGCGCCCCUGGCCGGUCCCGCAGGCCUCAGCCAGGACGCCGUGCAGAACUAUGAGAAGCGUGCCCUCGCUGAGGACGCUGUUCAGAACUACGAGAAGCGCGCCCUCGCUGAGGAUGCUGUUCAGAACUACGACAAGAAGCGUGCUGCCGGGCUCGCUGAAGAUGCCGUGCAGAAUUACGAGCGUUCGGCCGGUUAUGGUGAAGACGCAGUCCAGAACUACGACAAGAAGCGUGCUGUAGGGCUGGCUGAAGACGCUGUGCAGAACUACAACAAGCGCACCGCCGGUUAUGGUGAAGACGCAGUCCAGAACUACGACAAGAAGCGUGCUGCUGGUCUUGCCGAGGACGCCGUGCAGAACUACAACAAGCGCGCUGCCGGUUAUGCUGAGGAUGCUGUGCAGAACUAUGAGCGUUCAGCUGGGGUGACUGAGGACGCUGUGCAGAACUACAACAAGCGCACUGCCGGUCUCGCUGAGGAUGCUGUGCAGAAUUACGAGCGUUCGGCUGGGCUGACUGAGGACGCCGUCCAGAACUACAACAAGCGUGCUGCCGGUUAUGGCGAGGAUGCUGUGCAGAACUAUGAGCGCUCGGCUGGGCCAACUGAGGAUGCCGUACAGAACUACCAGAAGCGUGCGGCCGGACUCACUGAGGACGCCGUCCAGAACUACAACUAA